AUAAAGCCCAUUAUUGCUUAUUGUAGUCGAUUGUUUCAAUUUCAAUACUUCGGAAGUAUUAUUAUGAAGGGCAUUGUUUUGAUAUUGGGAAGAUGUAUCCUAAUUUUAGUGUCGCUGAAUUUGGUUAACCAUACUAUCGCAUUUUAUUUGCCUGGUUUAGCUCCGGUGAAUUACUGCAAAAAGUCGGAUAUGUCUGGCUCUUGCAAGUCAGAAAUAACUCUUUACGUGAAUCGCUUGAACACAGAGGAAUCUGUAAUACCGUAUGAGUACCAUCAUUUUGAUUUUUGUACUGGAAACGAGCUCAACUCUCCAGUCGAAAAUUUGGGGCAAGUGGUAUUUGGAGAACGAAUUCGACCGGGUCCAUACCACAUUGAAUUCUUAAAAGAUGUUAAAUGUGACGUGGUUUGUACAAAGAAUUAUACUGGGGAAGAUCCCGAAAGUGAUCGACGAAUUAUGAUAUUAAAGAAAGGAAUUAGUCUAAAUUAUCAACAUCACUGGAUUGUAGAUAACAUGCCGGUUACUUGGUGUUAUCCAUUAGACAAUGAUAAGCAAUAUUGCAGCACAGGAUUUCCGAUGGGCUGUUUUGUCCGAUCGGACAGUGAUGAAGCGUGUCUUGUUAAUUCUAAUUACAAUCGUCGAGGAUUUUAUUACAUAUUUAAUCACGUAGACCUUCAUAUCACAUACCACAGCGGACAUUCUGAAGGAAGCGUUGGCUUCCACGGCAACGACGGUCGUAUAAUUUCAGUGAAAGUUACACCACGAUCCAUCAAUCACCUAAAUCCUUCGAAAGUUGAUUGUGAUAAUACUGAUCCACUUGCUGUGAAGAGCAAUUCGCCAAUUCGCGGAGAGCACCUCUCAGUUACUUAUACAUACCGUGUUUCAUUUAAAAUGGAUAAUUCAGUAAAAUGGUCGUCACGAUGGGACUACAUAUUAGAAUCAAUGCCACACACCAAUAUUCAAUGGUUUUCAAUUCUUAAUUCUCUCAUCAUAGUACUUUUUUUGUCGGGUAUGGUAGCAAUGAUAAUGCUCAGAACUCUACAUAAAGAUAUUGCUCGGUAUAAUCAAAUGGACAGCGGGGAAGACGCACAAGAGGAAUUUGGUUGGAAAUUGGUACAUGGAGAUGUAUUUAGGCCUCCGCGCAGAGGCAUGCUUUUAUCGAUAUUUCUAGGCUCUGGAGUGCAAGUAACAUUCAUGGCAUUAAUCACAUUGGCAUUCGCGUGUCUGGGAUUUCUUUCUCCAGCCAAUCGAGGUGCAUUAAUGACUUGUUCAAUGGUUUUAUUUGUUUCACUUGGCACACCAGCGGGCUAUGUAUCAUCACGCAUUUAUAAGAGCUUUGGAGGUGUUAAAUGGAAGAGCAAUGUAAUUCUUACAUCUACUGUAUGCCCUGGAAUUGUGUUUGGACUUUUUUUCGUGAUGAAUUUAGUGCUUUGGCAUGAAAGCAGUUCAGGAGCAGUCCCAUUUAGUACGCUCAUUGCGUUACUUGGAUUAUGGUUUGGAGUAUCAGUGCCACUAACUUUUGUCGGAGCUUACUUAGGAUUCCGAAAACGAGCCUUGGAACAUCCUGUACGAACUAAUCAAAUUCCUCGGCAGAUUCCAGAUCAAUCGAUUUAUACGCAACCAAUACCAGGAAUCAUUAUGGGAGGCGUUUUACCUUUUGGAUGCAUAUUUAUUCAACUAUUUUUCAUUCUUAGUUCCAUUUGGUCCAAUCAAAUGUAUUAUAUGUUUGGAUUUUUAUUUCUUGUUUUUCUGAUAUUGAUUAUAACGUGCUCGGAAACUACCGUUCUGCUGUGCUAUUUUCAUCUUUGCGCAGAGGAUUACCACUGGUGGUGGCGAUCGUUUUUAACAUCCGGGUUCACAGCAGUAUAUCUUUUUAUCUACUGCUGUCAUUACUUCUUUACUAAGUUAUCUAUUAAAGAUGGAGCGUCAAUGUUUUUAUAUUUUGGUUACACUUGUAUUAUGGUAUUCCUGUUCUUUUUGCUUACGGGAACGAUAGGAUUUAUGGCAUGCUUCUUUUUCAUACGUAAGAUUUAUAGUGUAGUUAAAGUUGACUAAAUAUUACCUGCUGCACCCACAAAAAAGCAAUGUAAAUUUUUAAUUUUAAGAAUUAGCAACUCAAAUUUGUAUGUGGCUCUAAGUAGGUGCACUGUAUAUUUUUAUCUUAAAAACAAAACGGAUAUGAUGCAAUUUAUCUCAAUGUUUUGUUUUAAAUAAAAUAUCAAUAAAUUUAAUUUCUUGAAAAG